UUGCUUCCCCAUCGCUAUUUUCAUGGUGUUCAUAAGACGCACUUGCCCAUACCCUGUCAUCCCGGACUGAUGAAUCUAAGGGAUAGAACAGAACUCUGUAUUGUGUAAACGAGCUGAUGGAUGAAGAUGAGAAGGACAGGGCAAAGAGGGCAUCGCGCAACAAGUCAGAGAAGAAAAGAAGAGACCAGUUCAAUGUCCUUAUUAAGGAGCUGUGCACCAUGCUCCAAGGCCAUGGCCACCCGCUCAAGAUGGACAAGUCCACCAUACUGCAGAGGACCAUCGACUUCCUACAGAAACAGAAAGAGAUCACAGCACAGACAGAGGCCUGUGAGAUUAGGCAAGACUGGAAGCCCUCGUUCCUUAGCAAUGAGGAGUUCACUCAGUUGAUGUUAGAGGCAUUAGAUGGCUUUCUCAUUGCACUUACCACUGAUGGGAUUAUUAUUUAUGUGUCUGAUAGCGUCUCUUCUCUUCUUGGACAUUUACCGUCAGAUUUGGUGGACCAAAAUAUAUUAAACUUUCUGCCUGAGCGUGAACAGAGCGAUGUGUACAAGCUGCUUUCUCCACACAUGCUCAUGACAAACCCUGUGGCGACAGAUUUUCUGAAUACUGAAAAGCAAGUAGAAUUCUGCUGUCAUUUAGCCCGAGGAAACCUAGAUCCAAAUGAACCCAUUACGUAUGAAUAUGUGAAAUUUGUAGUGGAUUUCAAAUAUUUUACUCAUGUGCCUACAUCUUCUUACAACGGCUUUGAGUCCGCCAUCGCCCGGGUAUUCCGCUCGGCCAACGAAGAGCAGAUCUGCCUGGUAGCAACCGUCCGUCUCGUUACUCCACAGUUCUUGAAGGAACUUUGUAAUAUUGAAGAACCGUGUGAAGAAUUCACAUCGAGACACAGCCUGGAAUGGAAAUUUUUGUUUUUAGACCACAGGGCUCCACCUAUCAUAGGGUAUUUGCCUUUCGAGGUGCUCGGAACGUCAGGUUACGACUAUUACCAUGCUGAUGACCUGGAGCUUCUUGCUAGGUGCCAUGAACAACUGAUGCAGUUUGGGAAAGGCAAGUCUUGCUACUACCGAUUCCUGACCAAAGGCCAGCAGUGGAUUUGGCUGCAAACCCACUAUUACAUCACUUACCAUCAAUGGAACUCCAAGCCUGAGUUCAUCGUGUGCACCCACACGGUGGUUAGUUAUGCCGAGGUUCGAGCUGAAAGGAGAAGAGACCUUGGCCUGGAGGAGUCAUCUGUUGAACUGGCUUCUUCAUCCCUGAAGAGUCAUGGUAGUUUCAUCGAUAUCCGGCAAUGUGUAGCGAACCAAGAAGCCAGUCGUGAAAGGGUGUCCGUGUCGUCUCACAGCUCCCAGCAGUCUUCGCACACUGCGCUUUCCGACUCUGCAUCCACAUCAUCCAUACGGCACACGGACGCCAGCACCCCUACGAGGCAGUCCUUACCGAUGGGGCAGUCGGACAAGGCGCCUCUGAGGCUCCCCUCCAGCAGCAGCGCACAGGGUCUCAUAACCCCUCAGACGCCCGCUGAACAUCUCGCACAGCAUCACAUGGCCCAGCCGGCGGUUGCUGCACAACAAGCGGUGAUGCCCGUGUACCACUUCCCAACCCAGGUGGGGAUGAUGCAUCAGCUGAAGGAGCAGCUGGAGGAGCGCACGCGCAUAUUGCAGGCGGACAUCAAGACGCAGCAGGAGGAGCUGCACGUGAUUAAGGAGCAGCUCCAGCUGGUGCAAGGCUCCAACUUGCAGAUGCUGAUGCAGCAGCCGAUGCCCACGGUCUUCAAUACCGCGCAGCAUCAGAGCCCCCGGAGGCCUCCUCAGCAGCCAGGAACAACCGCAGGGAACAGACCGGCCACGUCAAAGAAGCCGCAGCAGCAAGGCCUCAUGGGAUCAAAGCAGUUUUGCAGCUCACACUUGGCCUCGCCUCAGCAAUUCCUCAGGGAACCUUGUGUCACAUCAACCCAGGUGCAGCCGCCGCCGAAGCACGUCCUGAGAGGCAACCCGGUCCAGCAGGCCUGCUUACCCAUGCAAAUGAGCAUUUCAAUGCCCCUCUACAACAACCCCAUGGUGUUCUCUCAGAUGCACCCGAUCACUGUGUCCGCUCCGAUGCCGGCUGAAAUGGGCGAAAGGCAACAGCAGCCUGAUUACAACCAAGAGCGGAGUUUAAGAUUUGCUCAAGAGCAGCAGCAGCAGCAGGGCUUGCCUCCGACCGUACAGAUGCAGCCCAUCACCUGCGCCGCCAUCCGCGCCCCCACCCCGUCCCCGGUCUUCACCCCUUCCGUGAUGAUUCCACACGCCAGCGUCACGGCGCAACAGAGCCACCCUCCGGGCAGCCUGCACCAGUGGCAACCCCAGCAGGUCCAGCAGCAUCACCUCUACCUUCAGAUGCCCGGUCCGGCCGAGCCAGGCCAGGGCCAGCGGCUCUUCCAGCCGCCUCACCUGCUGCCACAGAACCCCGCCAUGGGCUACUUCCGCCCUCCGCAGGCCCAGAGCCGCCACCUGCAAGGCCAGCCUGAAAUGCAACUGCCUUGAGGCCCAGCGCUGGCGAGGACGGCAGCCGGAGGUGGAGGGGCUUAGUGAGCGAGCGGAGCGGAGGCCCUCCGUGAGCGUCUGGAGGGUGAG